AUGCCUAACUCUGACAUGAUUUAUCGCAGGCUGGGCAAUUCCGGCCUGCACGUUUCGGUGAUCAGCUUGGGAGGAUGGAUUACGUUCGGUGGUGAUGUCGCGGAAGAGGGCACCGAAGCGUGCAUGCGGCAGGCGUAUGAUCUCGGGAUCAACUUCUUCGACACCGCAGAGGGGUACGCGGGUGGAGAGUCCGAGGUUGUCAUGGGCAAAGUCCUGAAGAAGACUGGCUGGAAGAGGAACGACCUCGUUAUUAGCACCAAGCUCAACUUUGGCCGCGCGCACGGAGAGGUCGGUGUGAAUAAUGUCGGACUUUCGCGCAAGCACAUUGUCGAGGGUACGCGGGCGUCGCUGGAGCGCCUACAGCUGGAGUACGUCGAUAUCAUCUACGCCCACCGACCAGAUCGUCUGACACCGAUGGAGGAGGUUGUGCGGGCGUUCAACUUUGUUAUUGAGAAAGGGUGGGCGUUCUAUUGGGGUACAUCCGAGUGGUCUGCAGACGAGAUUAGCGAGGCGGCUGGAAUCGCAAAGUCCCUGGGCUUGAUUGCGCCGAUUGUUGAACAGCCGCUGUACAACUUGCUUGAUCGGGAGAAGGUCGAGGGGCAGUUCCAGCGACUUUACUCGCGGGUUGGUCUUGGGUUGACGACCUUCUCGCCGCUGAAGGGAGGUCGGUUGAGCGGCAAGUAUAAUGAUGCGUUGGAGAAGCCUCCUCCUGGAUCGCGGUUUGCGGAGAGCAAGGACAAGUACUCGGUUGGUGUGCGGGAUUCGUGGCAAGGGGAGGAAACUGCCAAGGUUAUUCGACAGCUUGGCGCUGUCAAGGGCGUGGCCGAUAAGCUCGGCGUCAAACAAUCCCACCUCGCCCUUGCGUGGUGCAUCAAGAACGAAAACGUCAGCUCCAUCAUCACUGGAGCUUCCCGCCCCGAGCAGAUCGUGGACAACGUCGAGAGUCUCAAGGUGCUACCACUUCUCACGCCAGAAGUGCUGGCCGAGAUAGACGAGGUCCUCGGCAACAAGCCCGAACCGGCACAGGCUCGUUUUGGAUGA